UUUAUCCUCCAUUUGCUUCUUUCAAAUAUCCGUGCGUCUGUGUAAAUGCCAACGCCGUCAUGUAUGAACAUGGUGCGGGAAGAGAGCUGCGAAGAAUCUUGAUUUGCCGACCGACUCAAUAUUCCCGUCCCGUUCCCAUUUUGCUCGAUUCAAGCACAGAUUUUUCUUCUUCCUCCUCGUAUAAUCGCUGCCAUUUCCCAGAAUAAGAAGGCCCCAAAAAAAUUUCCAGAAUAAAGAGAAACAGUUUCCAACGACUGCAGAUGAAGCUUUGUCCUGUUUCGGGAACAUACCCAGCCUUUUCUUGAUUCUCCGUUCACUUUUCUUUUUCCGGCUUAUACUGUAACUUUAGAAGCUUUCAGAGGUUUUUGGUAGGUGUGGGCUCGAUAUAUCAGUUCAUGAACAAAAACAAAAAAUCAUAUGGAAGAGCUCCGGAAUUCCUCGUCAAUGGCGGCUCCUUCAGAGGGAGAACCGUCCGCUCAGCUCACUGUUGUAUCCAAGAGAAGGCGAAGCCUUCCCGGAACUCCCGAUCCGGAUGCGGAAGUGAUAGCUUUAUCGCCGAAAUCUCUCCUGGCGACGAACAGAUUCGUGUGCGAGAUCUGCAGCAAAGGGUUUCAGCGGGACCAGAAUUUGCAGCUUCACCGGCGCGGCCACAACUUGCCGUGGACGCUAAAGCAGAGGGGCGGCAAGCCCAAGCGGCGCGUGUACGUCUGCCCGGAGACCACCUGCGUCCACCACCACCCCUCUCGAGCCCUCGGCGAUCUCACCGGAAUCAAGAAACACUUCUGCCGGAAGCACGGCGAGAAGAAGUUCAAGUGUGAACGGUGCAGCAAGAAAUACGCCGUCCGGUCCGACUGGAAAGCCCAUACCAAAACCUGCGGCACUAAAGAGUACCGUUGCGAUUGCGGUACGAUUUUUUCCAGGAAGGAUAGCUUUAUCACCCAUAGAGCCUUUUGCGACGCGUUGGCGCAAGAAACUAUCAGAUGUCAGCCAUUAGAGGAACCUUCAAAAGUUGCACCGCCGCCGACCACGACGGCGACUUCUUCUUCCAGCCCCCCGCCGCCUCCUCUAACUCCGUCAACUGGAGUCUUGUCUCCGGUUGUUUCCGUCCAAAGCGCAGAUUUGCCUGAGAAUCAAAGUGGGCUUUCACACCACAAAAAGGGAACAUUGCCCACCGUACCCACCACCAUUCAUACGGCGUGCGCCGGCGCCGGCGCCGGAGUGCCAUUAUUCUCAACGUCUAAUGUCAACGGCGAGGCUCUGCAGAGUGUGUUUGCGUCUUCAACCGUAGCCGGAGACUCGCGUCCUACGCAGUUGCCUCCGGCGCCGGCGCCGGGAUCUGCCGGUGCAAGUGCAGAGCCAAUGUUUCUGUCUUUAUCGUGUCCGAUUUAUCUCUCCGGCAACGCGGCUUCAUCUGUGUUUCCAUGGGCGGCGGCAUCCCAAGAUCUCCACCGGCAGUACGCAGCACCUAGCCGUCCCCCGCCGGCGCUCUCAGCGACGGCGUUGCUGCAAAAGGCGGCCGAAAUCGGUGCAACGUCGUCUCACGGCUCGUUUCUCUGCGGCCUUGGAUUAGCGACGUCGAGCGGUUCUAACCCGCAAGAUGGCUUAACGAAAUGGAACGAACAUGUAAAGCAGGAGAAUAAGUCAAUCUCGUCGCCGUCGUCUCCGACGACAAUGAUCUUCACCAACAACCCUCCGACGCUCGAUUUUCUCGGUGUGGGAGCGGGUGCCACUCCGGCUUCUUUUCUGGGCUCAAUGAAUAAUAGCGGCGGCGGCGGCGGCGUGGCUUCUACCGGAGACUGUUGGGAUGACACCUCCGAUCGGAAAUUCGGUUUCCAUUAGCAAAAAUAUAAUAAUGAAUGCUUUUUUGUCCAUUCAAUUCAAUUCGUAGUUUUAAUCCUUUGGCGUUUCAAUCCCCACCAGGAUCCCAGAAAAAACCUUAAUUAUAAAUCGUAGUCGCAGGUUGAUGGAACUUAGUUUUGUCUGUAUAUAUUGUCAUUUGAUUAUGUAGCUAGCAGGUUAGUGAUGAUUUAUAAUACUCGUUUUGCAGAUA